AUGUUUGUGAAGAAGUUUGUAGAGAAAGCAUCCACAAAGAAGGGUAGCGGAAAUUCAUUAGAUGGCUUAAAAGCUAAAGAUGUGGAUCUACGGCUGGUAUUUCAUCAAGGGCUACCAUCCUGUGGUGCCAAAUUUGCCUAUGAUCACAUUCACAAGACACUUGCUAUUUCUACCAGGGAUGGACGAAUUAAACUGUUUGGAAAAGAUAAUGCACAAGUGCUACUUGAGUCCACUGAUGCAGUGCCUAGCAAAUUCUUACAGUUCAUCCAUAACCAUGGCAUCCUCAUAAAUGUCACUGUCAAUAACUAUAUUGAGGUAUGGGACAUAGAAAAGAAGCUGAUGUCUGAUGUUUACAUUGUUAAAGAAGAAAUCACUUGCUUUUCAGUCAUUCAGCAUAGCCUUUACAUGUAUAUAGGAGUCUCUAAUGGUAAUAUAUCAGUAUUGAAGCUUGAUCAAGAACCAUGGCACAUGGUUAAAAUGAAAUACACCAUACCCCUCUCUGUCUCUUAUGGGAAUUCAGCUGAAAUGGCUGAAGAUAUUGUUGUGACACACAUACUGCCUCAACCCUUUGCUGAAAGCAAGAGAGUUCUUAUAAUCUUUAGAAAUGGACAGAUGGUAUUGUGGGGCAUUCGAGAAAGCCGGUCCGUUUUCAGAACCGGUGGAAACAUGUCGCAGCAAUUGUACGGCGAAACAAAGAAGGUGUCUUCUGCUUGUUGGGUGUGUCCUUAUGGAACCAAGGUGGUUGUAGGCUACAACAAUGGAGAGAUCUACAUUUGGGGAAUUCCUUCUCUUAACAAAGGAAAUGUUCCAACAAUUGAUUAUAGCAGCAUUCAAAACACUCCUAUUUUCAAGCUUAACUUGGGAUACAAGUCAGACAAAACAUCUAUAGGAUCUCUCAAAUGGACUUAUGCCGAAGGAAAGGCGAGCCGAUUAUAUGUCAUGGGAGCUUCCGAAUAUGCAUCUUCAAAUUCUGUGCAGGUGGUGUUGUUGAAUGAACAAAUCGAAUCUAGAACAACUAAGUUGGGACUUCAUUUGUCUGAAAGUUGUAUUGACAUGGAGAUCAUCUCAACCUCAAUUGACCAAAACAAGCAUAAACAAAGUUCUUUCCUUUUGCUUGGAAAAUCAGGCCAUGUAUAUGUGUAUGAUGAUAGUUUGAUUGAAAGAUAUCUACUGCAAAACCAAUCUAAGUCAAGUUCCACAUUGCCAAAGGAAAUGGUUGUAAAGUUACCAAUGGCAGAUUCAAGCAUCACGACAGCAAAAUUCAUCUGCAACAAUACUAGUAUGUUAAAUUCUGGAGACGAGUAUUAUAGUCAGAAGAUAAAAAACUAUCCACCCCUUAUUCCCAUAGAAGCAAGCUACAAAGAUGGGAUAAACCUUAGUUCUGCCAACUUCAAUGGAUUUUCAAGUGUAAAAAAUUUGUAUAUAACUGGACACAGCAAUGGAGCCAUAACUUUUUGGGAUGCAUCAUGUCCCUACUUCACCCCAAUUUUGCAAUUAAAGCAACAGAGUGAAAAUGAUUUUUCUUUGAGUGGUAUACCAUUGACGGCAUUAUAUUUCAAUAUCAACUCUCCUCUCCUUGUUUCUGGUGACCAGAGUGGAAUGGUUCGGAUAUUUAGAUUCAAACCAGAACCAUAUGCCUCCAGCUUCCUAUCUCUCACUGGAGGUUCAAAGAAAGGGACUGAUCAUGUGAUCCAAAGCAUGAAACUUGUAAAGACUACUGGUGCUGUGCUUUGUAUGAACAUGGAUCACUAUUCAAAGCAUCUUGCCGUUGGUUCUGAUCAAGGAAAUGUUUCAAUCAUUGUCAUAGAUGGCCCUUGUGUAUUAUAUCAGAAAAAUAUAGCAAGUGAAAUUUCUACUGGUAUAAUCUCCCUGCAGUUUGUGACCUGCAGUUUGCAUGGUUUUGAGAAAAAUGUAUUAGCAGUCGGAACAAGAGACUCGUCUGUUCUGGCAUUAGAUAGCGAAACUGGAAACACGCUCAGUGCCGAAACAGUUCAUCCUAAGAAGCCCUCCAGAGCUUUAUUCAUGCAGGUGUUGGGAUCAAUUACAGAAGAUGGCCUGGACUUGAGAGAAGGGAAUCAUGUUGGGGAUGCAACAACAAAGCAGUUGUAUAUUUUGCUGUGUUCUGAGAAGGCUGCAUAUGUGUAUUCUUUCGUCCAUGCUACGCAGGGAGUUAAAAGGGUGCUUUACAAGAAGAAGUUUCAUUCCUCCUCCUGUUGUUGGGCUUCAACAUUUUACAGCUCCUCUAAUAUUGGCCUUGUGCUCCUUUUCACCAGUGGCAAAGUAGAAUUAAGGUCUUUGCCUGAGUUAUCUCUGAUAGAGGAUGCUUCAAUAAGAGGUUUCACUUAUUCAUCUCCAAAACUGAAGUCGCUUUCCGACUCCCAGAUAUGUUGUUCAUCCAAAGGAGAUAUUGUUGUGGUGAAUGGUGACCAGGAAAUUUUUGUUGUCUCAUUGUUAGUCCACAGGAAUAUUUUCCGACUGUUGGACUCUGUUACCUGCAUUGAAAGGAAUGAAAGGAUGCCAUCACAAGAAGAGCUCGCUCCUAGUCCUGUUUCCCAAAAGGAAAAGAAGAAGGGUAUAUUCAGCUUAGUUAUGAAAGAAUUUACCGGAAGUAAAGAAAAGGAUGUGCCCUCCAUGGAAAAAGAAGAUCCAAGAGAAAGUAUCCGCGAACUCUCAGCAAUACUUUCAAAUGCAAAUUUUCCAAGUGAUGCUGACAAUAGUGAUAACUGGACCAUGCAUGAAGAUGAGCCUGAAUUAACAUUAGAUGACAUUCAUCUAGAUGAUCAUGUAGAAAAACGAAAAGAACAAAGCAUAUUAGGAGCUCUUAAUAAGAAGAAAUUGGCUGGCAAAUUGAAUGCUUUCAAAGGAAGAUUGAAAGAGAAGAAGGGCAACAAUCAGAAAACACCAGAUAACAAUAAGGAAGAGCCACAAGAUGAGAAAGCUGGUGCAGUUGAUCAAAUUAAGAAGAAAUAUGGAUUUUCUUCCUCUUCUUCGUCAUCAUCCCGUGAAACAGGCACGAGCGUUGUAAGCAUUGCUAAAUCGGCACAAGGCAGAUUGCAGGACAACACCAGGAAACUGCAGGAUAUCAACCUACGAGCAACAGAGAUGCAAGAUACAGCAAAAUCAUUUUCAUCAUUGGCAAAACAAGUGCUACGAACUGCUGAACAGGAUAGACGAAAUAUAUAAGAACAAUAAGCUA